AUGAAGUUCCUCUGUUUUAUCGCCGUCCUUACCGGGCUGGCAGGAAGCGCUGUGGCAAACCCGGGUCACCCAGGAUCUGCCCUUAAAUCUCAUAAUAAGAUUCGAAAUGACGCUAAAGGGUCAGCAGCCCCUGGAUCUGCUACAGACCUUCAUGAGGUACUACUGCCAGAAGGCGAGCAUGCACCGGGAGUCCACCUCUUAUCAGUUAAACGAAGCUGGCUAGGAAACAAUCUCAAUCCACAAGACUCAUUAUCAGACGAAAACUCGGAAGGAUUAUGGCAAGGACUAUCGGCCACACCUCCAAAUCCCCCGGAAGGCGUCGAUCCGACGAAAUUGCAGGUCUGGUUACGAGUUAAUACAAAUAUGUGGCGCGCAAAGGAUCUUGAAAACGACAAAGGAUAUAAUCACGCCGAGUUCACCAGACUUACCACGGAUAUAGGUGGUAAACAUGCCGAUGUGGUUAUCGGCAACAAAUUUAAAAACUGGUACCAAUACGGCAUGGAGUUUGCGGGCGAGGAUUAUUGGCCAGAAUAUUCAAACAACUGUGAAGGUCACCGCACAGUGAUUUAUAAUCGCCUUCUGAAAAAAAAACAUUCCCAUUCAAAAUGGCUAUUUAAAGGAGUAAUUAAGGAUCCUAAUAUCACCAACCCCCAUUCGAAAACUUUAGUAACUAUAGGCAAGUCUUUGUUCUGUUUUCCAUACUUCUUUAUGCGAAUGGCUUUAUACUAA